UUAUUUACUUAUUCUAUUAGGAAACAGGAAACUUUGAACUAAAUGCAAAAUUUUCUCACUGAAAACACUAUAAGCUAUUAGUACGAGUAUUCGCUACUCAUAUCUGCAAUGGCAUAUUGAGCUGUCUUCUCUUUUCCUUUUUUCUUUUUUUGAAAAUGCCUGCACAGUUCCCUUAAUCUCCUUCUCUUAUGUGUAACCUCCCCUCUCCUUUUUCUAUAACUAUAACUCCCUUCUAUUUUUAGCGUUUCUCUGUCUCCCACACUUUGCUAAAAAAACAGAGAACAGGUUGUUAUACCGUAUGAAUCAUAAAGCCCAGGAAUUUGCAUUCAAAUUGCAAACUUUAUAUAAGAAGAGGCAAUUUUUUUUUAAUUGGAUUGUAGAAGCAUAAUGGAAGGUUUCAUGAUUUGGGUUGUUACAAAAUCGGGGAUCAAGAGCAAAUAAAAGGGAACCCGUUUCAUAUCUUGGUGUUAUCUAUAAUAAGUUCUACUUUUAAGAGGGUGGUAUCUUGUAGAAUCUGCAAAAUAAGUGAAAAGGUGUGAAUUUUUAUGUUGGUCAUUGGUGUCAAUUUAAUGGAUGAAAGGUUUGAUUUUAAUUGGUGAAAUGAUCAUUGCAAGAUGAGAUAAAAAAAUAUUUAGACAUGGAAACCAAGGAAGAAGCUGAAGGGCAAGAAGACCGGGCACCAUCACCUUAUUGGUACCAUCUUUCUGAUGAGGAGGCUAUGAAAGUGGAUGGGGAAGCACUGCAUGCAGUGCACUCAGGAAGCUCGGAUCCUCCGAGGCUACCGCCGCCGGGGCAUAGGCGCAGUCAGAGUGAAGUUUCGACUACGGGACACCGGCGUGACAAUAGUUUCCAGAGAUUGAAAACUCAGAUGCAGAAGGCUUGGCGAUGGGGUGGCAACUCGCGGGACGAAAGGUACCGGUCAACCUUCAAUCCUGAGGUUUUGGCAAACCAGAAACGCCUGUGGUAUCAACUCCACUCCAAAACAAUGGAUCAGAUUAAAUAUGAGGAGCCCAAAUCAAUCUUUGAGCACUUCAUUAUUGUGGGGAUUCAUCCAGAUGCUAAUCUUGGAGCCGUGGAGGAAGCCUUUGCUAAGAGGAAGAAGUGGGAGAUGGAGAUGACUAGAUCUGGAAUUGUAGAUCUUAAAAUGCUACAGCAUCGGGGACCUCCAUUUCCAACAUUUGAACCUCAGAUACUUUUUAGAUACCCUCCCGGGAAGAGGUUAGCUAUGCGGUUGAAGGACUUAGCCGCCUUUUGUUUCCCUGGAGGUGUUAAGGCACGGUUGCUAGAAAGAACUCCAUCAUUUAGCGAUCUAAAUGAGCUUCUUUAUGGACAGGAGCAUUUGGGCAGAGAUGAUCAAGCAUUUACUUUUUCACUCAAGGUGGUAGGCAAUGCUACACUUUAUGGUGUUUGCUUGCAUGUACCGGAACUUGUUCAGAGACAGCCUGGUAUUUUAGGCGGUACAUCUCCUAUUUCCCUAUCAUCUGGAGCAUGCAGCCAAUUUAUGGUUUCUGCACCUCGCUGCUAUUGUUUGCUAACUAGAGUGCCUUUCUUUGAGUUACACUAUGAGAUGUUGAACAGUAUCAUUGCACAGGAGCGCCUGAAUCGAAUAACAGAAUUUGUUAGUGAAAUGUCUCUGUCUCUCACUGAUUAUGUCCCAUCUGUCUCCAAACUAGAUGAACAAAUGAAUGAUACCACUGACUGCCCCAAUGGGGAGUAUGUUAAUGAUUGGAUGGCUUCUGCAAUACCUGUUAACAGUGCUGUGACUCUUACUGCUGCUGCUGCUGGAAUUAUAGCUGAUGAUGAGGUGUCAUCUGCUUCACUGAAGAUAAGUUCACCUCAGUCCCCUGAAAGCGUAACUGCAAGUGAGGCUUCAGAUUUGGGUCAUGUUAGGGAAAUAGAGAAGGAUGCUAGGAAGAAUGUGCUAAAUUUUGAUGAUAACAUAUCUGAAGCCUCAGAAAAUCGUUCUGAUGCUUCAGAAAGAAUAUAUGGAACCUAUGAAAAUGGACAAGUUUCUCCAGAUAUUGGAACAGUUGUCAGCUCAAGGAGCCGUACUUUGGAGCGUCUUGGAAGUUCUCAAUCCCUAUUCAGUCCAGCUAGAAGCGUGGCAUCAGAGGAUGAGGAUGAGGACGAUGAACUUUUCUUGAAUCAUGAAAAGGAUUUUGGAGAUGACUUAAUAUUGGAGUGGGCUAGGGAAAAUAAAAAUGAUCUUCUACAGAUAAUUUGUGGUUAUCAUGCUUUAUCUCUUCCUCCACGAGGAAGUGAAAUAGUUUUUCAGCCUCUUGAGCAUUUACAGGCUAUUGAGUAUGUGAGACCACCAGUUUCUGCCCUUGAUAUGGAUGAAAGUUAUUUGUAUUCCUUUGAAGCUGCUGAGGUCAAUGCAAAUUUGGCAGCAGCUGAAGAAGCUCUUGCACUUUCAGUAUGGACAACUGCAACAAUUUGUCGAGCUCUCUCUCUUGAUAGUAUUUUGGCAGUGGUAGCAGGAGUAUUACUGGAAAAACAGGUUGUAGUAGUUUGCCCAAAUCUGGGUGUUCUUUCAGCUGUGGUGUUAUCCCUUGUUCCUUUGAUUCGUCCGUUUGAGUGGCAGAGUUUGUUGCUUCCAGUACUGCCAAUGAGGAUGCUUGAUUUUCUUGAUGCACCUGUUCCUUUUCUUGUUGGCGUACAACACAAACCCACGGAUUUGAAACUGAAAACAUCUAAUCUUGUUCAAGUUAAUGUGCUCAAGAACCAGGUUAAAACAUGUCACUUGCCUACACUUCCUCGACAUAAAGAGCUUGUAUCUCAACUAGGGUCGAUACAUUCCAGACUCUCAUUUGAAGGUUCAAUUGCUAAAAAACAUCCUACGUAUAGGUGCAAUGAAGUGCAGGCUGAAGCUGCAACCGAAUUUUUGACCAUCAUGAGGCACUACCUGGAGUCACUUUGUGCAAAUCUGAGGUCUCAUACAAUUACUAGUGUACAAUCAAACUAUGACAGGGUUUCCUUACUACUUAAAGAUAGCUUUAUUGACUCUUUUCCUAGUAAGGACCGGCCAUUUAUUAAGCUAUUCGUAGACACACAGCUAUUCACGGUUCUAUCAGACUCUCGUUUGUCAAGCUUUGAGAAUGAGCACUAAUUUAAUCCCUUUACAAGGUGUGCUGCAUCAGAUGAAAAUUUCCUAGAUGCAAAAGUUUAUCAGAUAUAAAGUACUUUGGUCUCGAGGGUGGUGACCUCUGAAACUAUUGGCACCGACCUUAAGCCUUAUUAAAUCACAGUGUGUGCAGAGCCAUAAAAUGUGAGCUCACUUGCGGCUAAAGGUGGCAAAAAUGAUUUUUGUAACAUAAUAGUCAUAAUUGGGGAAUGCUACACAUAACUCAUAUGUCUGUUGCACUGCAUACAGCAAACAAUCAUCAUCAUCCCGAUCUUUUACGGGGAUGGGAUGCCUAGGAAAAUCAGAGAUUGAUCUUACUCACAAAUCCUGUAAAUGUCAAUAGUUUAAUCCAACAGUUUAUAGAGUAACUCGUAUUCUUUAUCAACA